AAUCAUUGACCUUUGCAGUGUGUGUUAGUGGUAGUGUUCAUCCUGAGUUUGAGCUCCUCACUGCUCCUUCAGCAUGGACCACUCGGCUGCACUGUGGACAUUUCUGAUUUUUAGCAUAACUCUCCUCAGCUUGGGGGUCAGGGCUCUGCCAACAAGCAAAGUAACAGAGUAUGAUGUAGAUGGUGGAAAAGAGGAUCUAUUUGAGGUCAAUCAAGCGGCUGGUCUUGAGCUCUUCGAGGGAGAUAUUUUAUAUGAUGAGAAACAAGGGAGGAACUCCAUAAUUGGGGAUGAAUACUUAUGGCCCACCACUGUGCCAUACUAUUUGGAGGAUGAUUUGGAUAUUAAUGCUAAAGGCGUUAUAAUGAAGGCGUUUGAACAGUAUCGCCUGAAGACCUGCAUUGACUACAAACCCUGGAGCGGAGAAGAGAACUACAUCUCUGUGUUUCAAGGCAACGGGUGUUACUCCUAUGUGGGGAACCGACACGUGGGAAAGCAGAGCUUAUCCAUCGGUGCAGGAUGUGACCGAAUCGCCACCAUCGAACACGAGUUCCUUCAUGCCCUGGGGUUCUGGCACGAGCAGUCACGUGCCGAUCGUGACGACUACGUCACCAUCAUGUGGGAUCGCAUCCAGGGAGGCAUGGAGCACAACUUCAAUAAAUAUGAUGACACCACGUCCAGCUCCCUGAACGUACCCUAUGACUAUGAUUCCAUGAUGCACUACAGCAAGAACGCCUUCAGUAAAGGCACCGAGCCCACCAUCGUCACCAAGAUUCCCGCCUUCAGCGACAUCAUCGGCCAGAGCUUGGAGUUCAGCGACAGCGACCUGCUCAAGCUGAACAGGCUUUAUAAUUGCACAAGAGCCACAACUUUCCUGGACACCUGUGACUUUGAGCUGGAAAAUAUAUGUGGGAUGAUCCAAGGUCAGGGUGACAAAGCAGACUGGGAACAUGUCACCAAGGCAACUGGUGGACCCGACACAGACUAUUCUAACAUGGGACGCUGUACUGGCACAGGCUACUUCAUGCACUUCAGCACCAUCAGUGGCACCGAAGGGGACACUGCCCUGUUAGAAAGCAGGCUGCUCUACCCUAACCGCAACUAUCAGUGUCUACAGUUCUUCUACUAUCACAGUGGAAACCCCAAUGAUAAGCUGGAGAUCUGGGUGAGAGAAUACAAUGAAAUCAACCCUAGCGGAACACUACACAUGAUCGAGACAAUAACUGGACCGCCUGAGCCGUUAUGGCAGCUACACCAUGUUAACCUAGACGUCUCCACAAAGUUCCGCGUGGUAUUUAAAGGUACAAAGGGUGCUGGAAGCUCCACAGGUGGGCUCUCUUUGGACGACAUCAAUCUUUCUGAGACUGCCUGCCCAGAACAUGUGUGGCGGAUCAAGAACUUCAAAAGUAUUAUGGAAAACACACCCAGGGGCACUGCCAUACACAGCCCACGCUUUCAGUCAAAGUAUGGCUACACCUUCCAGAUGAGCUUGUAUCCCAGUGGCACUACGACCUACCCAGAGUAUUUGGGAGCCUUUGCCCGUCUGACAUCUGGUGAUGACAUGAUUGACAGUAAUCUCACUUGGCCCUGCCCAUGGAUGCAGAUUACUAUGAUGCUAAUGGAUCAGAAUGCGGACAUCCGUAAACGCAUGUCCAACCAGAGAAGUAUCACAACUGACCCCAAUGUGAAAUUACCAGGAUCUACAAUGUAUUUCUGGGACAACCCACGAAAAGUGGGAGCGCAAGUAACAGAUGUGGAUGGGACUAAAUACUUCAGAGGAUCAGGAUAUGGAACAUAUGGAUACCUGACUCAGGCCAGAGCACUCAGCAGAGACUUUAUCAAGGGUGGAGAUGCCAUCUUCCUCCUCAGCAUGGAAGAUAUAUCAAACAUGCUUCUUUCUCAGCCCCUCCCUUCGACAACCGUCCCCAACACAACCUUACCCACGACAACCUUACCCACGACAACCGUCCCCACGACAACCGUCCGCACGACAACCGUCCCCACGACAACCGUCCGCACGAUCCCUACUCAUGAUCUAUGUGCCUCGGCAAAAUGUGAAAAUGAUGGCGUGUGUGUUAUUGACAAUGGUGUAAAAGCAGCCUGCAGGUGUGCCGUAGGUAACGACUGGUGGUACCACGGGGACAGGUGUCAGUUCAAGAGUUCGAACCAGGAUGGUGUGGUGAUGGCGGUCGUGUCCUCGGUUGUGGUCUUUGCCGUCAUGGUGGUGGUGAUGGUGGUGGUGACGGUAGUGAGUGUGGAGUGUCUGAAGAAUAAGUAUAAGAAGAAAAUGAAUGACAUGGGGGCCGGCAUUACCACACGAAAUGUCCAUGCAAAGUAACAGCACCCUGAAUCAUUUAAUCAGUAGCGGUAGUGGCAUUAUACACUUAUGUAUGAAUAUAACAAGUAUAUUUUCAUGUCAUUUCAAUCUCAAGAAAAAUAAAAUGAUUUUCAUUCGUUUCUGAAA